AUGGCUAAAUCUAUUAGUAACGAGAGAUUCAAGGAUAAAGAAAAGCCACAAGAAGUCAGGAAGUCAAACAUCUUGGCCGCUAAGGCUGUUGCAGAUGCCAUUAGAACUUCAUUGGGUCCAAAAGGUAUGGAUAAAAUGAUCAAGACUAAUACAGGUGAAAUCAUUGUCUCAAAUGAUGGUGCUACCAUCUUAAAACAUAUGGCCAUUUUACACCCAGCUGCUAGAAUGUUGGUUGAUGUUAGUGCUGCCCAAGAUGUAGAAGCUGGUGACGGUACCACUUCAGUAGCAAUUUUAACUGGAUCAUUAUUAAAUGCUGCUGAAAAGUUAUUGAAUAAAGGAAUUCAUCCAACAUUAAUUGGGGAAUCUUUCACUAAAGCUGCUGACAGAUCUUGUGAAGUUUUGUUAGACAUGAGUCACAAAAUUGAUUUAAAUGAUAAAGUCACUCUUGUCAAAGCUGCUUCAACUUCCUUAUCAUCAAAAAUUGUUUCCCAACAUUCUAACUUAUUAGCUCCAUUGUCAGUCGAUAGUGUCUUAAAGGUAAUCAAUCCUGCCAAAGAUAAUGUUGAUUUAAACAACAUCAGAUUAAUUAAAAAAUUAGGUGGUACUAUCGAUGAAACUGAAUUGAUUGAUGGUGUAGUCUUAAACCAAACCGUAUUGAAAAAUGCUGGUGGUCCAGUUAGAAUGGAAAAAGCUAAAAUUGGUUUGAUUCAAUUUCAAUUAAGUCCACCAAAGCCUGACAUGGAAAAUAACAUCGUUGUCAAUGAUUAUAGACAAAUGGAUAAAAUUUUAAAAGAAGAAAGAGCCUAUUUAUUGAAUAUCUGUAAGAAAAUCAAAAAGGCUAAAUGUAACGUUUUAUUGAUUCAAAAAUCCAUUUUAAGAGAUGCUGUUAAUGACUUAGCCUUACAUUUCUUAUCCAAAUUAAAUAUCUUGGUUAUUAAAGACAUUGAAAGAGAUGAGAUUGAAUUCUUGUCAAAAUCUAUUGGUUGUAAACCAAUUGCUGAUGUAGACAAUUUCACUGAAGAUAAAUUAGGAUCAGCUGACUUAAUCGAAGAGGUUGAAAAUUCAGGUUCAAAGAUUGUUAAAAUUACCGGUAUACAACAAACUAAUAAUAUCGAACCUACUGUUUCUAUAUUGAUCAGAGGUGCUAAUUAUUUAGUUUUAGACGAAACUGAAAGAUCUAUUCAUGAUGCUCUUUGUGUAAUAAGAUGUCUUGUCAAAGAAAAGGCUUUGAUCGCUGGUGGAGGUGCUCCUGAAAUCGAAAUUGCAAGAGUUUUAAUGUCAGAAUCUUCUAAAUUAUCAGGUUUAGAACAGUUCGUUUAUCAAGAAUUCAGUCAAGCUAUGGAGAUAAUCCCAAUCACUUUGGCUGAAAAUGCUGGUCUUAAUCCUUUAGAAGUGGUUACUGACUUAAAAAAUCGUCAUGAAAUGAAUGAAGUUAAUGCUGGUAUUUCAGUCAGAAGAUCUGGUACCACCAACACUUUUGAUGACCAUAUCUUACAACCAGUUUUAGUAUCUACUUCCUCAAUUACCUUGGCUGCUGAAUGUGUUAAGUCUAUUUUACGUAUAGAUGAUAUUGCUUUCAGUCGAUAA